GGUCAAGGUUGGGGGAAUUUUACGGGGAACAACAACAAAUCGCUUAUAGCGUUUUUUGAUAUAUAUUUGUCCUAGUUUUUUUUCUUUUCUUUUCGACCAAACUUUUCGAGACACAGAAAUUUUCGGAUUCUAAUUGCAGUGGGGAAGGGGAAGCUGAAGCUGGAAGCUGAGUCUUCAAGUUCUCCAAAUUAAACCCCGCAUAGUGAGUUACAGAACACGGUUUCAGUCUCAGAUCUAGAGACCGAUCCAUUUUCUCGAUGUUUUCCGGGAAAAUGGAACAGUUCAUAGACAACAUGCCGCAGAUGGAUCUGAUGCGAUCCGAGAAGAUGACCUUCGUUCAGCUCAUCAUCCCUGCAGAGUCUGCUCACCGCGCCAUCUCCUAUUUGGGCGAACUCGGCCUCCUCCAAUUCCGAGACUUGAAUGCUGAAAAAAGCCCCUUCCAGAGAACGUUUGUUAAUCAGGUAAAGCGAUGUGCGGAAAUGUCAAGAAAGCUACGUUUCUUCAAGGAUCAAAUCAAUAAAGCUGGUCUAAUGUCUUCUUGUCGUACUGUACUGCAACCAGACAUUGACUUGGAGGAUUUAGAGGUUCAACUUGCUGAGCAUGAACAUGAGCUAAUUGAAAUGAACUCUAAUAGCGACAAGCUUCAGCAAUCAUAUAAUGAACUCCUGGAAUUCAAGAUUGUACUGCAGGAGGCGUGUGGUUUUCUUGUUUCAAGUCAUGGCCGUGCUGUUUCAGAAGAGAGAGAACUACAGGAAAAUGUAUACUCCAAUGAUGACUAUGUCGAGACAGCAUCUUUGCUUGAACAGGAAAUGAGAUCUCAACCGUCAAAUCCUUCUGGUUUAAGAUUUAUCUGUGGGAUAAUUUGUAAAUCCAAGAUUCUGAGGUUUGAAAGGAUGUUGUUUCGUGCUACACGAGGAAAUAUGCUUUUCAAUCAAGCACCAGCUGAUGAACAAAUCAUGGAUCCUAUUUCAACUGAGAUGAUAGAGAAAACAGUGUUUGUUGUGUUUUUCUCUGGGGAGCAGGCAAGAACGAAGAUUCUGAAAAUUUGUGAGGCAUUUGGUGCAAAUUGUUACCCUGUUCCUGAAGAUAUAACUAAGCAGAGGCAAAUAACUAGAGAGGUUUCAUCUCGUCUUACUGACCUAGAGGCAACUUUGGAUGCUGGGAUUAGGCACCGGAACAAGGCUUUAGCUUCUGUAGGGGACCAUCUAGCAAAAUGGAUGAACAUGGUAAGAAGAGAGAAGGCUGUCUAUGAUACACUGAACAUGUUAAAUUUUGAUGUCACAAAAAAAUGUCUUGUCGGAGAGGGCUGGUGCCCUAUGUUUGCAAAAACACAGCUGCAGGAGGCACUGCAACGUGCAACUUUUGAUAGCAAUUCUCAAGUUGGCAUAAUCUUCCAUCAAAUGGAUGCGGUAGAAUCACCACCUACAUAUUUUAGGACCAACACUUUCACCAGUCCAUAUCAGGAAAUUGUUGAUGCAUAUGGUGUUGCAAGAUACCAAGAAGCAAAUCCUGCAGUUUACACAACUAUUAUAUUCCCCUUCCUAUUUGCUUUGAUGUUUGGGGACUGGGGUCAUGGAAUUUGCCUGUUGCUGGGAGCAUUAGUUCUCAUAGCACGUGAAAACAAGCUCAGCACGCAGAAACUUGGAAGCUUUAUGGAGAUGCUAUUUGGCGGGCGCUAUGUGAUUCUUUUGAUGUCACUAUUUUCAAUAUAUUGUGGGUUAAUCUACAAUGAAUUCUUUUCUGUUCCUUUUCACAUAUUUGGUUCGUCAGCUUACAAAUGCCGAGAUAGCUCAUGCAGGGAUGCACAUACUAUUGGCUUAGUCAAAUACCAAGAUCCAUACCCAUUUGGUGUGGAUCCCAGCUGGCGUGGAAGUCGUUCAGAAUUGCCUUUUCUGAACUCUAUGAAGAUGAAGAUGUCCAUUCUUUUUGGUGUGGCACAUAUGAACUUAGGAAUUAUAUUAAGUUAUUUCAAUGCUCGUUUCUUUGGAAACUCACUGGAUAUAAGGUACCAGUUUGUGCCACAGAUUAUUUUCCUCAACAGUCUAUUCGGGUAUCUUUCCCUUCUCAUUGUUGUUAAAUGGUGUACUGGCUCUCGAGCAGACCUUUAUCAUGUAAUGAUAUACAUGUUUUUAAGCCCCACGGACAAUCUUGGUGAGAAUCAGUUGUUCUGGGGUCAAAGACCACUUCAAAUUGUGCUAUUGCUUUUGGCUAUAGUUGCAGUUCCGUGGAUGCUCUUUCCGAAACCUUUUAUACUAAAGAAGCUUCAUACUGAGAGAUUCCAAGGUCGUAGUUAUGGUAUACUAAAUUCCUCUGAGAUGGAUCUUGAGGUGGAGCCAGAUUCUGCCAGGCAACAUCAUCAUGAAGAAUUCAAUUUCAGUGAGGUUUUUGUUCAUCAAAUGAUCCACUCCAUUGAGUUUGUUCUAGGUUCAGUUUCAAAUACUGCAUCAUAUCUUCGACUUUGGGCAUUAAGUUUGGCACACUCGGAACUUUCUACUGUUUUCUAUGAGAAAGUUCUGCUUCUUGCUUGGGGGUAUGACAAUCUUGUCAUUCGGUUAGUGGGGCUAGCUGUUUUUGCCUUUGCGACUGCCUUUAUACUACUUAUGAUGGAGAGUCUUAGUGCUUUUCUUCAUGCCCUGCGGCUUCACUGGGUAGAAUUUCAAAAUAAAUUUUACCAUGGUGAUGGCUACAAGUUCAGGCCUUUUUCAUUUGCCUCCUUAACAGAGGAUGAUGAUUGAUCCAUUCAUAUUUGUCUUGGUUUCUGGGAAAAUACAUGCAAAGGAUAUUUACACAUGUGAAAGGAGCACAUGAUGAGAAUUUGUAGGAACCAAAUUUGGCAAUUUUGGUUGUUAGGUUUACUUGAUGAUAUGCUGCUUGAUAUUAACCCAGCAUUAAAAAACUUUCUUGCUCAUUUUCCUGUGGCUUCGCUAGAGUUACAGAUCACUGCCACUCUUCAUGGAAGACAUCUGUAAAAGAAUAUAUUUAUUUAUUUUAGAAUAGGAAACGGGAAGAGAUAAGGGAUGGGACUGCUUAGACUAAAUUUUUGUAAAGAGGACAUGGGAUCCAUCAUAGAGUGUAGUUAUUGGAUUUUGGUUCUUUGGGGUUACAUACAUAUAUACGAUGUACCGCAGGUUUUGCUGGGAAAUAACCAUUGAUUCUGAAAUUUUCUUGUAUUGACAAAUGACAAAUUAUAGAGUACC